AUUGGAUUCUUCUUCUUCUCCUCCAUAUCUCUUAUCACCACAAAGUCAACUCACUUAAUCUUCUUGCUCAAGUUGAAAUAGACGAUGGCAACAACGAGAACCUUUCUAGUUCUUUUCUCUCUCGCUUGUUCUCUUACUCUCUGCAUCUGCGACGACGAGAGUAACUAUGGCGGCGGUGAAGGGAAUCUUUUCCCAGGUUUCUAUAGAAGCUCAUGCCCUAAGGCCGAGGAGAUCGUGAGGUCAGUUGUAGCUCAAGCUGUUGCAAAAGAGGCUCGUAUGGCUGCUUCUCUCAUGAGGCUUCAUUUCCACGACUGUUUUGUUCAGGGCUGUGAUGGCUCGUUGCUUCUAGACAGCAGUGGAAGUAUAGGUUCUGAGAAAGGCUCUAACCCUAAUAGCAACUCGGCUCGCGGGUUUGAUGUUGUUGACCAGAUCAAAGCUGCAUUGGAGAAUGAAUGCCCUGGAACUGUUUCUUGUGCUGACUUGUUAACCCUAGCUGCUAGGGACUCCUCUGUUCUUACUGGUGGACCAAGCUGGAUGGUUCCUUUGGGAAGAAGAGAUUCGAGAAGUGCAAGCUUGAGUGGCUCAAACAACAACAUUCCUGCACCCAACAACACUUUCAGCACAAUUCUCUCGAGGUUUAAUAAUCAAGGUCUCGAUCUCACCGACCUUGUUGCCCUGUCUGGGAGUCACACCAUCGGCUUCUCAAGAUGCACGAGUUUCAGACAAAGACUUUACAACCAGUCCGGAAAUGGAAGUCCCGACAUAACCUUAGAGCAGUCCUAUGCUACUAACUUGCGCCAGAGGUGUCCGCCAUCAGGUGGAGACCAAAACCUGUCGGAGCUUGACAUCAACAGUGCCGGAAAGUUUGAUAACAGCUACUUCAAGAACUUGAUCGAGAACAUGGGACUUUUGAAUUCUGACCAGGUCUUAUUCUCUAGCAACGAGGAAUCUAGCGAGCUUGUGAAGACAUAUGCAGAGGAUCAGGAAGAGUUCUUCGAGCAGUUCGCAGAAUCAAUGAUCAAGAUGGGGAAUCUCUCUCCCUUGACAGGUUCGAGUGGUGAGAUCAGGAAGAAUUGCAGGAAGAUUAACUCUUGAUUUUGUGUGUGCUAUGGAAUGUGAGAAAAAGAAAUGAAACAUGUUUUCCGGGGGGUUUAUGUUUGUGUGUUUUUUUGUCUUUUUGUAUGUUUUACUAUUUGAAAGUUGAAUGAACAAACCUUUAUAAUUUAGUAGUUA